AUGGAUGAAAUGAUAGCAGGAUGCCUAUGCCUGUAUGGUUUCGCAACUGUCCAACAGCCGGCUGACGAGGCCGUUCUUGUUUUUGGAACGAAUCUCUCCGGCGCAUCCAAUAGUGCCGUUCUCAGGAAGGAAAUGGCUUGUGCUCAAGCCCUGAUGCGGGCAUUCCCACCACAGUCAAUUCAUGUUUUUGAACCUACACGAACCUGGUCGGAAUGGAAAAGCGAUACUGUUGCCGCAAAUGCUAAUCCGAGAUCGGCACACGCGCGCAUCUACCGCUCGCAGACAACGUACAGAAUGGGCUUCGGAAAUGUGGACUUUAUGCGCCAUGUGGCGAAGCAGCUCGAUGACCAUAAGGGCGUUGAAAUCUUGGAACUUCACUGGCUACUCAGCGAGGAGGCCACCCAUUCUCUAGAGUUCAAGGCUGCGCAAUCGGCAAUGAAGGAUGCAGGUCGGAGAGCGGAAUUAUUAGCCAGGAGGGCUGGACUCAGCUUUGCUCCCUUGCGAAUGACAGAUCUUGAAUGGCGAGCAAACGGGGAGGCCUUACCUGCAUCCUGGAAGGACGCUGAGAACGAUGCGGGUGGCAGACAUCUUGACAUGGAGCCGAGGAUGUUUCAACUUAAUGCUAUCGUCAAAGGCAAUUUCAUUAUAUGGUGA